AUGGACCGGGCGAACGGGGUUCGGCGCGGGCCAGGUAGUUUUCGAUACCAUCGUGGACGUUGCGAACCGCACGACAAUCCAUCUGGAGGACGUGUUCAACAUCACGCCUCCCCGCAGAUCUGCGACCGUGCGGAGGAGGGCGAGCAUUAUCAUUCUGCCGUCUGCACCCUGUUCGACGUCGCCCACAAUUGGAUAUACUGCUGCGUCGACAGCGCGGGCGACGUCAGCCGCGACACAUCCCGCGAGGCAUUCGUCGACAACACCCGAGCAGCAUCUCAUCCAGGACACGGGAACAGCCUCGACAAUGUCUUCCGCGCACUCCGCGCGUGGGGCAUCGACACGCGGCAGGGUGAGGCAUCAGGUCAUAGUGCGACUCUGAAGUGUGUGGACGAGCAGGGGUACGUGUGGACCAAGGAGGUGAAGGAACGGGGCAAGGGACUCUGGAUGGAUUGUUGGGAGCUUGCGGACAAGGAUACGGAGGCGUGUGGAUGA